AUGAGGAAAUCGUCCAAAAGGGAAGAUGAAAAGGAGGAUACUUAUACUCCCUUACUUGAUGAUACUACUGAUAACCUACAAAGUAGCGAUAAGCCAGAUUGUGUACCAAUAUUUAAGCAGAAUCCAUUUGAGAACAGUUGGUUGAUCUCGAAGAUCUUCUUUAGUUGGGUUACGCCACUCGCAAGAUUUGGAAGGAAGAACCAUCUGAAGCCGGGCCACCUAGAGCCCUCAUUAAAGAUGAUGGAUGCUGCCAAGCUCCAUGAUGACAUCCUUGUUAAUUGGGACAAGGUUCCCCAUGAUCAUAAGAAUGCCAUCUUUAAAGCAUUGAUGAUGACGUAUAAGAAGGAGUUCUUCUACGCUAUGAUUAUUAAUUUCUUUCAGGUUUGUAUUGAUAUAUCAGUCCCAUUCAUGCUCCAUGCCAUCAUUAAGUUCAUGCAGGAUAAGUCUGAAGAUGCUAGAGGAAUUGGCUAUGGAAUCUUUCUCAUCGCUUGUUAUCUAAUUGUCGACUUGGUUGCGAAAUUACUUUCUCAGCAGGGAAACUUCCUUCAGGGAUUACUUGGAGCAAAGGCUUAUACAGGAGUAUGCUCUAUCACAUAUAACAAGAUACUUAGAUGUAGCUCCGCUACGAAUAAAUCAUUUGCACAAGCAGAGAUUAUAAAUUUUAUCCAGGUGGAUGCUGGGAAGAUAUUCUUCCUUGCAUGGGUCCUUCCUGUUGUUGCAAGGCUUCCAAUUCAGUUAAUCUUUUCUAUAUCUUAUUUGAUUUAUUUCUUCGGAUUGAGUCUACUUGGAGCCGCAGGAGUAGCGUUUGUCUUAGUUAUUAUCAACUUCUUCAUUGCUGUUAUCGGCCAGAAAAUACAGAAAGUUGUUUUAGCUAGGAAAGAUGAAAGAAUGAGAUUUACUACAGAGCUUAUUAACAAUAUCAAGAUCAUUAAGCUCAACGGAUGGGUUCAAUAUUUCUUAGACAAGGUGAAUACCUCAAGAGCUAAAGAAAUAAAGGUCAUUAUCUGGACAUUCUUUGUUUUUGCAGUCAAUGUUUUCUCAAUGUUUAUGCUCAGUCCAUUGUUAAUUGUAGUGACAUUCGGAAUUUUCUUCGGAGCUGGACACACAAUGACACUUGCACAAGGCUUUGCCUGUUUACAAGUCUUAGGACAACUGAACAUGCCAAUCAGAUGGAUCCCACAAUUCAUUGGAAUUCUCCUACAAUUUACUGUUUCAAUGAGAAGAAUUCAGAAAUUCUUGAUCUGCGAUGAAAUAAACCCUGCAAUUGUGAGGCAAAACGAUCAAGAAUGUGUCAACAAAGGCAUAGAUAUUCUUGUAGAGAAUUCCAACUUCACAUGGGGAGGCCAGAAGGAAGAAAAGAAGAAGGACCCCAAGAAGGAAGAUACUAAGGAAGAAACUAAGAGCUCUAGCAAUACAUCCUCUCCACGAAAUGAUAUCAAUGGAGAGAAAAACAGUAGCGAAGAAGAUCUAGAUUCUGAAUCAACAAUGUCAGAUUCUGACAAAGAUGAAAAGGCAGCCAAAGUGGAUGAAGGGAUUCAGAUCAGAGAUCUGAACCUCAAAAUCCACCGUGGAGAGUUUAUCUGUGUCAUUGGAGGUGUCGGAUCUGGAAAAUCUUCCCUCAUCAGCGCACUUUUAGGAGAUAUGAUUUAUAUCUCAGACCAAACUAUCAGAGAGUUCCAAGGGAAACUCUUUGAAGAUGUUAGACAUGAAAUUAUUGAGAGGACCAAAAAUGAGAAGGAUAUCGUGAGACUUGGAGGAUCUAUAAGUUAUGUCCAGCAACAGCCAUGGAUUCAGAACAAAACUAUCAGAGACAACAUUUUAUUCGGACUGGAAAUGGACGAAGAAAGAUACAACCAAGCAAUAGAGUUGUGUGAAUUAGCAAAUGAUCUUGAAAUCUUACCAGGUGGUGACCUCACUGAAAUCGGAGAAAAAGGUAUUAAUUUGAGUGGUGGACAAAAAGCCAGAGUUAGUCUUGCCAGAGCUGUCUAUGCUAAUGCAGACAUUCUUUUGAUGGACGACCCUAUCUCAGCAUUAGACUCAAAUGUAAAGAAGAGCAUAUUUGAGAACUUGUUCUGUGGUGAGCUUAGAGGAAAAACCAGAGUUCUUGUCACUCAUGCUGUUGAGUUUCUUGACCAGGUUGACAGAAUUAUUGUUAUGGAGAAAGGCAGAAUAAAGUACAUUGGAACGUAUGAUGAGAUUCAACAUAGCGACGAGAUCCAGCAUAUCCUUAAAACGCUUGAAAAGACAGCUCGUAAGAACUCUGAGCUUGAAGAAGAUAAGGAAGAGAAUAAAGAGGACAAGGAAGAUGUCAAACCUGAUGAAAAGCUCAAGAAAUCUUUUAUGAGUGAGAAAGGAACCAAUAUCACAGAGGACGAGAAUGAAGAGAAGAUAGUCGUUGGCUGGAAAGUCUACUACAGCUUUUUCAUCAAGAACAACUCCUGGAUUUUCUAUAUCUUCUUUAUUACACUUUCCUUUGCAGGAGCCUUAGCUAUAGUGUUUAAUGGGAUUUUUACAGGAAGAUUUAUUAAUCCUUAUGAAGAGAAGUAUAGUUUCUGGAGUCUUAUUUUCAUAAGUCUCAGCUUGGCUAUUGUUGCUUCUAUCGCUACAACAAUUGUAACCACAGGAAUUUCAUUAGCAACAAUCAAGCUUACCAGGAAGUUGCAUAUAGAUAUGCUGGAGAAAACAGCAAAUGCACCUGUGAAUCUUUAUUUUGACAAGACUCCUUCAGGAAGGAUUCUGAACAGGUACUCAAGCGACAUCAAUAAGCUAGACAACGGAAUUGAUAAAAAAGUGGGAUGGAUCAUUAGUUGCUUCUCCAUGGUGAUAUUUGAUAUUGUUGUAGCUGCUCUCAACACUCCUUUCGUACUGGCAACUCUGCCAUUUAUCAUCAUUGCCAUGGUGAUCCUGUUGAGAUACUACAUUAAAUCCUUCAGAGAAGUUAAUCGACUGGGAAGUGUGUCCCACUCGCCUAUGAUGAACCUUCUUGGAGAGACUAUCAAUGGUGCUACUACGAUCAGGUCUUUCCAAAAGCAGAAUGACUUCGUUAAAACUAAUUACAAAGUUCUCAAUGUGGUCACAAAUGUCGGGUUCUGGAGGGAGUCUCUGAGAAGUUGGUUCGCAAUUCGAAUUGAGUUUGUCUCCCUCUUCUUGCUAGGAUUCACUUCAGGGUUCAUGUUAUACUACAGAAGCAAAGCUGAUCCAAUCUUAAUCGGAGUGCUGUUCAACAGAUUCAUCAUGUUCAAUAUGAUGCUUCUGUUUUCAUGCCAACUGCUUUCCGAUCUUGAAGGAGAUCUUGUCAGUUAUGACAGAUGCCUGAAGAUGCUUGAGAUCCCUCAGGAAAGGGAACAGAGGAAGUAUAUGCCAGAGCUCAUGGACUGGCCGUCCCAAGGCCAAAUUGAAUUUGAGGAUUACUCUCUCAAGUACAGGCCAGAUACCGAAGUGGUUCUCAAAAAUUUGAAUUUCACCAUCAAACCAAAAGAAAAGAUCGGGAUUGUUGGAAGAACUGGGGCAGGAAAAUCUACAAUCUGCCUAGCACUCUGUAGAAUUGUAGAGGCCUUUGAAGGAAAAAUCAAGAUAGAUGGAAUAGAUGUAUCGACCCUUGGAAUCGCAGAUUUAAGAGAAAGAAUCACUAUCAUUCCUCAGGACCCUACUCUCUUUGAAGGAACUUUGAGAUUCAAUCUAGAUCCUGUUGGUACUAUUCCUGAUGUAGAACUUCUAAGGAUGGCCAGGAAGGCCAAUCUGGAAGAAUUCAUUAAUAGGGAUGACAAGGGCCUUGACCAAAAAAUUGAAGAUGGUGGAAAGAAUCUCAGCUCAGGAGAGAAACAGCUUAUCUGUAUCCUCAGAGCCAUUCUCAGAAAGAACAAGAUUGUACUCAUGGAUGAAGCUACUGCUAAUAUUGAUAUCAAGACAGAACAAAUAAUCCAGAAGCUUAUUCAUGAAGAAUUUGAAGAUUCUACAGUCUUAACAAUCGCGCACAGACUCAAUACUAUUAUCAAUAGUGACAGAGUUCUCGUAUUGAGCAGAGGUGAAGUCCAGGAGUUUGAUGACCCUCAGAAAUUACUUGAGGAUCAAGACUCAAUGUUCUACUCCUACGCCAACGAACUCAAGAAGCAUGAAGAGGAAUAAUUGAAUACGAAUAUUAUCCACAAUUCCUAUUCAGUUUUGA